AUGUCACAAACUAAUGGAAUAACCAAACUCGCCUACUCCCGAACAUGGCAUCACAUCUCGGCCACAACACCACACCACGCCCUCACGACCAUCCGGCCCAUGCCCUCCCCCCAAUCCGCAGCCCUCACUCCCCCGUCCCUCGGCCGCCUCGCCUCCCGUAUCGCCGUGCUCCUCAUGGGCAAACACAAGCCGAUCUGGGACCCAUCUACCGACUGCGGCGACUACGUGGUGGUUACGAACUGCUCGGAGCUCCAUACGACCGGCAAGAAACGCUGGCAGAAGCUCUACUACAGACACAACACCCGCCCCGGAAGCCUGAAGACCGUGUCGAUGGAUGGGCUGAUGGCGAAGCUGGGCGGCGCGGAGGUGUUGCGAAAGGCGGUGAGUGGGAUGCUGCCGAAGAAUCGGCUGAGGGAUGACCGGUUGUCGAGGCUGAAGGCGUUUGAGGGGGAUGCGCAUCCGUACAAGGACAAUAUCGUUCGGUUUAAGGGGAAGAGUAUGGUUGCGGAGUGGCCGACGGGGGUGGAGGAGACCAAGCCGAAGGUUAGGUUAUAG